AAUGGAAUCAAUUUUAUCUAAAUUAAUAAUCAAGAGGCAUUAAUUAACGAUUUAAAAAAUGCUGUAGAUGAAAGCAGGAUCUUCAAUAAAAUACUAGAUUUUAAGAAGUAUUUGGAUUGUUGUAUAAGUUGCGGAAAAAGUGAAAGGCCAAGGUGCCGAUAAAUUGAAAUAUUUGUGUGAUGACAUAUUAGACAAUGUAUCUGACAAUAUGUCAUUCAUACGAAAGUAAGAGGAUAAAAGAAGAGAAAUAUUCGAAAGACAGAUUUCAUCCUUAUAAAAGGAUUUACAAUAGGUAUAAAGUGAUAAAUCCAUAAUUGAUGCAGGAUUAGAAUACCUUGAUAAUUAGAUAUCUAUGGGAUAAAAUGAUUUGGCAGAUUAUAAUGCAGAAUCGAAAGCAAAAAAUAAACCAAAGAAGAUAGAAGAAAAAAAUGCACCUCGGCUGCUUGUGAAUACAAAUCAAGUAGGGAAUAAAAUGACCGAAAAAGACAAUUAGUUUCCUAAGUAAUAGGAUUAUUUAGUGCCAAUUAAAGGGAAUUUAAAGAAUACUUAAGUAUUAGAAAUAAUUGAUAUUGUAUGGAAGAUUUUUAUUAUGUAAAAUAUAGAUAAACAAUCAGUUUAUAAAUAAUUGUCUUGUUAGGAUUCGUGA